AUGAUGCGAGAUUUGUUCCCAGCAGGCUUCCUGUCGUUGCUGCUGUCGUCCCUGGCAGGGCCCGCGCCGGCUGCUGCCACGGUUCUCUUUGCGUCGUCGUACAGCGGAGCCAUCACCACGCUCAACUUCACCCUCUCGGGCAACAACGGCACCCAGUCUACCUUGCAGAACAUCUCGACCUCCAACGGAUGCGCCCCCAGCCCGUCGUGGCUGACCCUCGAUAAGCCUAACGCGAAGCUCUACUGCACGGAUGAGGGUCUGACCACCGACCACGGCACUGUCUCGUCCUUCACGACCGGCCCCGACGGCAAGCUGGAGCAGCUGUCCAAGGUUGACACGAUCAGCGGGCCGGUGAGCGCUGUUCUUUUCGGUGAGAAAGGGGCCGGCCUGGCCGUUGCUCAGUAUGGAGGCUCCUCUCUGAGCUGGUUCGACAUCUCGAACCCAGCGGCCAUCACGCCCGUCAAGUCCGAGACUUUCAACAUGACCGGCCCGGGCCCUAACCCUUCGAGACAAGAGGCACCCCACCCUCACGAGGUCGUCCUCGACCCCAAGGGCCACUUCGUGCUAGUCCCCGACCUGGGGGCCGAUCUUGUCCGCGUCUUCGCCGUUGAUGGCAAGAACCUUGCCGCUGUCGAACCCUUGGUGGCCGCCCCCGGCAGCGGACCCCGCCAUCUCGAGUUUCUCGUGACUUCCGAAGGCAAGACGUACAUGUAUCUCAUCGCCGAGCUGGCAAACACCGUGACCGCCUACGACGUCACCUACCGCGAGAACAAGACUCUCGGCUUCAAGGAGGUGUACUCUGGUUCGACCUACGGCGCUGGCAACACCGCGCCCGCGGGAGCCAGCGGUGCUGAGAUUUGGAUUUCCUCCGACGGAAAGUUCCUGACCGUCUCCUCCCGAAACGAUAGCGCUUUCAGCAUCACCAACCCGGACACCAACGAGGGCGCUCAGAUUCCGUCCGACUCCCUUAACAGCUUUACCAUCAACGCGGAGACGGGUGAGCUCACUCUCCUGCAAAAGUUCCCUGCCGGAGGCCGCAUCCCUCGCCAGUUCUCCGUCAACAAGGCCGGCUCGCUCGUCGCCGUCGGUCUCCAGUCGGACAGUCGCGUUGUCCUCAUCAGCCGUGACGCCGUCUCGGGCAAGCUGGGAGAGAUCAUUGCCAGCACCAAGGUGGAGGGCGAGGUCACUGCUGUCAUCUUUGACGAGUAG